UUGGCUGCUGGCAAUGUUGUUUAACUGGACGCGAGCCGCAAAUAUGUAACAGACCCAAACACUGCUGUCAAACUUUACGCUAUCCAUGAUUAUAAGCUCCCUUUUUUACACCUGAAGGCGUGGGAGUGGAGAGUGUGUUGAAUGCAGAAGACGGUGGCUGUCCUGGGGGGAGGGAUAGGGGGCCUGUCCGCCUGCUAUUACCUCAGCAAGAGCCCCCAGGUCUCGAAGGUGGUGUUGCUGGAGGCUAGUGGGCGCUGUGGGGGCUGGCUCAGCUCCACCCGUAGAGAAGAUGGGGCCGUGUUUGAGCAUGGACCACGAGGAGUCCGACCCGCCGGGGCAGUGGGGAAAAACACCCUAAACAUGGUUUCCGAACUAGGGCUGGAGCCAGAAGUUCUCCCUGUCACUUACGAUCACGUGGCGUCCAAAAACCGCUUCCUGUAUGUCGGGGGACAGCUGCACAAGAUGCCGUCUGGUCUGGGAGGAGUGAUGCGAACAGUGCCUCCUUUCUCCCAGCCCAUCCUGCUGAGUGUGCUGAAGGAGCUUCUGAUCAGUAGAGGCAAAGAGGACGAUGAGUCUAUCCAUGCGUUUGUCUCCAGGAGACUGGGCUCAGAGUUGGCGGACAUAGCCAUAGACAGCCUGUGUCGAGGCGUGUUUGCGGGGGACUGCAGGACCCUGAGUGUGCGCUCCUGCUUCCCCCCUCUCUACAAUGCAGAGAAGGACAAGGGAUCCAUCGUGCUGGGCAUGAUGUUUGGCUCAGGGAGUGGCCCAAACGUGACUCCAUGCGACCUGGCCUCGAGGUCUCUAAAGGAGUCCUGGGCUCAGUGGUCCCUUCGUAAGGGCAUGCAGAUGUUUCCAGAAGCCCUUGAAGACGCACUCAGGACGAAGGACAACUUGGAGGUGCACAAGCAGGCCUCUGUCAAGACACUGAAUGCUACUGGAAGUGGCUGGGAGAUCAAGUUGGAGGACGGGUGCACUGUCACUGCGGACCACAUCAUCGCUGCUCAGCCUGCUAAAUCCCUGGCCUCAAUGCUCCCCUCUGCUGCCCAAGCCCUGUCACAGCAGUUGCAAGACAUUGCCACAGUAACGGUCGCCGUGGUGAAUCUGGAGUACGAAGGAUCCAUUCUGCCCGUCACGGGAUUUGGACACCUGGUGCCCUCCUCAGAAGACAGGGGGAUGCUGGGUGUUGUGUACGACUCCAUUCCCUUCCCAGAGCACAACCGUACCGGGCCACCGACCACCAGACUCACGGUGAUGAUGGGAGGGGCGUGGUUCCAGGAAGUGUUUGGAGACCCUGAUGGUGUGUCGGAGCAGGCGCUGCUGGACAGGGCGACCCAGGGGGUGGCCUCUCACCUGGGGGUCACGGCCCCUCCCGUCUGGAGCCUGGUGGCCCUGCAGAAGGACUGCAUUCCUCAAUAUCACCUCGGACACUGGAAGCGACUAGAGACCAUGAGGAAGUACAUCAGUGACCACAGGCUUCCUCUCACGCUGGCCGGAGCCUCCUAUGACGGCGUCUCGGUCAAUGAUGUCAUCUUUAGUGGACGGAGAGCAGCCGAGGGGCUGGUGGGGGCCGUAUGAUCUCCAGUGGUUGCCAUGUCGGCUCUCUGGGAGCCUAUUCCAGAAAGCAGGUUUAGUCACUACACAACACGUGGUAAAUGUAAUAAUAGUGUGUCCAGUAGUUUUGUUUUAACUGACACAUAAACUUCCACGUCUCUCAUAUACAGUAAGAAGAUUUACGUCUCUCUCUGACUUAGGCCCGGGAUAUGCUUGCUACGAGAUAUGUGGUAGCGUGCACGAAACGUUACCAUGACGUGUAUUUUACCUCAUUUUUUUUGCACACAAGGCACGCAGAUGUCUUCCAUGUUGCUCUGAUUAUUCUUCAACAACUAUGUGCACUUAUUGCAGUUCCUGUUGCGCACCGAAGUUAACUAGUUAAAACAUGUUAUAAAUGUGUUGCUACCAGACUAGCAAUGACAGAGUUGUAGUGCAUUGCUAAAGGCCCUGUGGAAUGUCAUAGUAGUGGAGUGCUAUGGUAAUUAAACUGCCUCAGAUGGUACGGCGUGCAAGUACGUAUAUCCUGGGCCUAACUGAAACCUAAACCGCCACAUCUCUUACAGUAUAUUAGGAGAUUUGCAGCUCUCUCUGACUUAACCUACUUCAGUAACUAAAUCACUGUUUUGGAAUAGACCUCUGAACUUCCAGAUGUGAAUGCAUUGGUGACUUAAUGAUUUACUUCUUUUUUUUUUAAAUACUUGACAUAUUUUCUGCUUUGUUUACUUUUUGUUUGUCAUACUCAAGAUCACAAUAUAUCAAUUCUGAAUGCUAAAUGAUGACUUUGUAAAUUAAUUUGUAAUCACUACCGCUAUCAAUCAUACAUGUUGCCUUCAGUUUGCAGUCACUUACUCACAAUCUUACAAUCUCAGUUUUACUCACUAUGGAUAAGUUGAGCUCAGAUAGAAAAAUAAUAUAAAAUCAUUGUAUUUUCAUUUUUUUUAAAUCCUACUUAUUUGUACGUAAUUGAACCAAUAAAUUGAGGGAAGAAACUUUUAGUUGAAAUGGAAAACACUAUCUGUAAAUAUCUCUUUACAUCUGCAGUUUAUUUCAGUGCGUCAUACAUGAUCAUAAUGCUGACAUACUGAUUGAUGGAUAGCUGUUAAAGGCUAGCUUCUCAAGUUGUCCAUUACAAAACCUGCAUUUAGCCACAUGACAUUGUUGAGUAUGGUCGUGGUGAGGAUUGACUGUGCCUUUUUGUUGCUGUGAAUGUGGCUGUGUGCAUUUCUUGACUGAAUGUAAGUUAUCAUUUGGCGUCCCAUGGCAUGCACAACAGUCCAUGUGGAUGCUGCUCUCCACCACAGGGCCUAUACUGUACAGUAGUUAGCCCAUCCAACCUGCCAUCCAGAGGAGCGGGACUUUGGAGACUAGUCCCUUCUGUCUUUCUCUUCUUUCAUUCUGCCUUUAUUUUUCUCCUUCUCUUUCUUCUGCUCUUUCUCUUUCUCUCUAUCUCUCUCUCUCCCUCUCUCUCUCUCUGCUUCUGUGUCUCUCUGUCUCUCCCCCCCCCCUCUCUCUCUCUCUGGUGGCUGUCAGGUUAGAGACUGAUUCAGGGUAAACAGUGAUCUCCCAGACUGCAUGGAGAUGAAUGCCAUGGGCUCGAGUGCACUUGCUUGCCAUCAAUCAUUCAAAUGUGACCCUGUCCAGAGUUUAUGGAGAAAUCUCAUUUUUAUUUAUUUAACACAGAUUAUUUUUGAAGAAAUGCGAUCAAAAUCGUUGUUGUGUAUUUUUGUAUAUGUGGGUUCUCUGUGUUGGCAAGUCAUGCAAGGAAUAAAUAGAAAUAUUUGCUAUGA